AUGGAGACCGGUUCCCAUAGGGCAUUUGGAGGCGACUUUCCACCGGCAGAGAGGGAGCGUCGCAGACGGGAUAGGAAUGGAGCGCCGCGCACGUGCUCUCUCGGCCAGCCAGGGCUUCCUUCCCCCGGGCUGCAGGACGAAGCCUCCUCGGUGGAGCCUGCCUGCUGGUUCUGGCAGGGGCAGCGCGUCCUGCUUGCGCAGCCGGCGAGCCCGGGCGGGCAGGAGCCCUGCCCUGUCCCGUCGCGGCCCGCCCCCAGCCAGGUGGCGGCUAUAAGAGCGGUCCGGCCGGGGCGAGCAGGAGGCGCCUGCUGCUGCUGCUCGAUGGGGUGGGCGUGGGGCGCGCUCGGGGUGGCCGCCGCCGCUGCCGCCUGCUGGGGGCUGCUGCCGUCGCCGCUGCCGCUCGUGGCGCUGCUUUCGGCCUUGGGGGUGGCGGCGUGGGGGGCUUGGCGGCCCUUGCGGCUGCGGCGCAGCCCGGAGUCGGUGGGCUACUUGGGCGAGCCUGGCUGGAGCCCUGCGCAGGUCGCCCGGCGAGUGCGCAAGAGCCGCCGCACCGGCCAGCUGCCCCCGGUCUACCCCAACGGCUGGUUCCGCCUCUUGGACUCGGCCCAGCUGGCCCGCGGAGAGGUGCGCAGUGUGGCCGCGCUUGGGGAACAAUUUGCCGUGUUCCGAGAUCUCAACGGGCAGUCUUAUGUGCUAGAUGCCUACUGUCCACAUCUUGGUGCCAACCUGUCUGUCGGUGGUCGUGUGGUGGGCAGCUGCAUUGAGUGCCCCUUCCAUGGCUGGCAAUUCAGUGGCAAAGAUGGCAAAUGUACCAGAAUCCCCUAUGCUAAAAAAGUGCCUGAAUUUGCCACAACCAAGGUCUGGCCAUCAUGUGAGAUUGCUGGGAUGAUCCUUAUUUGGUAUCACUGUGAUGGUGUCAGCCCAACAUGGCAAGUCCCAGAGCAGGAGGAGGUGGCUUCUGAAGAGUGGGUCUUUCAUGGCAUCACUGAGCAUUUUGUCAAUGCACAUAUUGAGGAAAUUCCUGAGAAUGCUGCAGACAUAGCUCACCUGUCUUUUCUCCAUGGGCCCUGUAUUUUGAGUGGGGUAGACCUGCAACACACAAAAUCAACAUUCUGGAAUUUCAUCAAGCAUAAUUGGAAGGCAGACUGGCAGCCAGAUGCAGAGCCCAACACACACUGUUCCUGCAUGACUGUGAAACACAGCCUAACCAUUUUUGGCAAGCACUUGCCUAUCUUGGACGUGACUGUUUUAGCCAAGCAGAUUGGGCCUGGCUUGGUUUUCUUGCUCUUUAAGCAUUCUUUCCUGGGACAUGGGGUCAUGAUUCAGAGUGUAACACCUGUGGAACCUCUUCUGCAGCAGGUGAUCCAUCGAAUGUACUACCAGAGAACCAUACUUGGCUUUAUCCCCAAGUUCACAUUGUGGGCAGAAAGCAUCCAGUUUGAGAGGGACAUCAUGAUCUGGAAUAACAAGCAGUAUGUUUCAAAGCCACUGCUGGUGAAGGAAGAUGCUGCCAUCCAGAGGCAUCGGCGCUGGUACUCCCAGUUCUACAGUGCACACAGUGUGAAGUUCACAGGUCAGAAGGAUGGGCUAGACUGGUGACUGCUAUACCAGCUUGCCUUGCAAUAACAGUGAAAUCUUAUUCCUUCAGCCAAGGUCAGACUGUGUGAAAAGGUAACAUGGACUCCCUCAGUCUUGAUGUGGGGGUAAGGGGGGAGUUAAGAAAUGUUAUACUGAGUGUUGUUUGCAUCUCAGAGACUUUUUGCUUGCUGUUUGGAUGGAAUAGAGACUUUGCUUUCUGAAGCUGACACAUGGAGCAGACACAGCCCUUCGAAUAUCGUAUGAAAUGAAAAGGGCCUUCUGCAUUGUUCUGCCGAAGAUGUUUUCCCCAUUUUCGGUCCUGUGCCAUCUGCAUUAGGGGGCUGAGAAGCCCCACUAUUGGCAGCUCUACCAACCCUUCCAAAGCAACAGUCUAGUCUCCCAAAUUAUCACCCCUUGGCUUGUGAAGUUUCUCUCCUACAAAUUGGGGUUUCAUGACCUAGACCUGUGCCUCAACAGCAACAUAUCAACCUCACACUGAGAGAAAGAGGGAAGGGCAGGCACUGUGACUCUGUAUUGGACAAGGCUGCCCCUGCUUUGAUGUCUUGCAGGCCCUUGCCCUGUGGCCAUGAAGAGCGGGGCGCAAUAGGAACUGUGCAUCUGUAGCUGGGACGCUGAGCGCAGGCUGCCUUGUGUUCUGGUGGGCCUGCUGGGUGUUUACUUGAGUUUAUGCCCUCCUGAAAUUGCUGUCUUGCUUGCAAAUGGUACAUGUAGUUUUCCAGCUGUGUACUUACACUCCUAGGGCCUGUGAAGAAUAUCAUUGGGUAGCAAGGUAUUUCUGGUUUGAAUGCAACGGGACAUUGACUGCAACAUUUCACUGAAAUAAGGGCUCGCCAAACCUGCCUUUUUCAAGCAGAGGCCAAGAUUCUUGUCCUCUUCCAGCAGAUAUGUGUGAAACUAAUCAGCAGUGGUGAAGGCUUUUGGAUGAUGCCUUGGAAUGGGGGUGUCUAGAGGAUGAUUCCAAGCUUGGGUGACAGGCAAAGAUUUUGUUGCACCAAAUGAAAGUUUUUUCAGCCACUCAGCAUAGGUUUACAGAGCAGCUUGUUGGCUAGCUGGUUCAGUGGCAAAAUAGAAGCCACCAUUUGGUGAGCAUUGCUGGGUGUUUUGCAGACUGCCUUUUUUGUAGUACUGCAUCUGAACCAUGUCGACAAGCUGCUAAACCAAGAGAUGGCAUUUUAUUUCCUGAGCUGGGACAUAACCAUGGCACUUGGAAGCCCCUGUGUGUUUUCUCUGUGUUGUGGCAUGUCCAGAUCGACACUUUUUACAUCUGAGGGAGACUGCAGGAUCUGGUCCUAAGUUUUUAAGAAGCGGCAGAUGAUCCAGUUCUCGCCUAGAAACAAAUUAUGGCCACUUGGCUACAUGCUUGGCCUUGUUUUAAUGACUUUUUUAAAAAAAAUGUGGUUAUAUAAAUAAAGUCAUUUUUUGGUCUUAAGUCA